GAGCAAAUGUGAGGGGUGCCUUUGGAACAAUUAUUCCUGCUACUUGCAUGUUGCUCAGGUGCACUAUGUGAGUGUUUCAGGUUAGAUAUUGCCAGGCUGUUAAUUUUUCCCAGAAGUGUAAGUUUGUUUUAAAGUAUGAACUUAGGUGACACAGUUUAGGGCCUUGUAAGAUAAGGACAGUUCAGCCUUCAGUUAUUGUAGUAAAUCCUAGUGCAAGGGCAGAUGUGUUCCAAAUGUUUUUACCAUGGUAGAAUGGCCAAAAGGAAAUAAUAAUUUGAUAAAGGGGUUGAAAGUCAAAUUCCUUGUGAUUUGUCAGUUGCAGCAGUUAAGGUGGUGGCUUGUUGAUAUGUCAGGGUUACUUCCAAAAGGCCAUGCUGCUGAGCAGCAGUUCAGUGGGUCAGCCAGUAAAUAAUUCUAUGCCUUGUUCACAGUUAUGUAGAGAGAAAUAAAUUUCUGAUGCUUGAAGAGCUCCUGGCUAUGAGCACAAGUGGGGAAGAGCAGGGCUAAUGGUGUGCACCAGCAAACCACUGUAGCUUACUCAGCUCUACGAAGAGAGUUUGGGGCUUUUAGGUGAUUUAUGGCAGUAGUAGGAAGAUGGUUGCAGCUGUGAUGGUGCAAGGAUAGAUGUGAAAGAAGAUUUUCAAGGGCAGGAUAAUAUAUCAGUUGGUUUAACAGAUGAUGUACUUGCAAAACAGAGCAGGAUUUUGUGUACACCAGGUGGUCUGCAGGCUUGACAGUCAUUUCUCUGCAGGUUGUAACAGCAGAGUCCUGGAUGUUUUAACCUGCUGCACCACAAAUCUUAGUGGGGUGGCAGAAGUUUGGUUGGCACUAACUUGGUGGAAAUCUUUAGGAAGCUCUUUAUCUUAAUGCACAGUGGGCAGAAAGGACUCUAGAGAUUACUCAGUGCUUCGGUUUUGUAGAAAGUGCUUUGUGUGUCUGCUUUGCUUAUAUGAGACACUGGAGGUGUGUCUGUACAUACACAGCUGUGUGCAGAGAUUAAUCCUGAGAGAUUCAGCCUUGCCUGACAAACUUACAGUUAAUUCUGAAUGCACUUGGCUGCAGUUCACUAAGAGGAGUGAUUCAGUGCUGCAGUCUGCUGUAGCUGCUGCUUCCAGAGAUUCCUGGUUGUUUUAUGUUAAUGUUAAUUGGACUAGUUUUUUCUCAGUACAUAUGUGUGGUUUUUUCUUCAUCGUUUUCAAAAAGUGUAGUCACCCUCUUUUAUCAAACAGUUUCUGUGCUUGUCUUCCCUUGUGCAUUCCCAUGUUAAAAGCAAACAGGCAUUUUUCAAGUAAUAACAGUAUAGUUAACUUGUGAAAACCAUCUUACAAACUUUUAUGUUGUGUUUCUUCAGUGGAAGUUUUUAUAUGGCAUUCUUGCAGUUCUUUGUUUAUGUAUCUUUUUUCCUCAAUUUGAUUUUGUCUGUAUUUAUUAAAAUGGAGUCUAUAAAAUAAAAAUACAGCAUAUGGACAGCAUUAAAAUACACUAAGCUUUACUUGAGCUUUACUAGGUGCUGAGCCUUUGUGGAAGAAACUGGCACAGAUGGUGGUUUGCCAACUUCUGUUUCUUUUUCCUUGAAUUUAGGCCUGAAAAGUCCUUGAUAACCAGUGGAAGCCUCUCUGUAAACUUUUUGUACAAUUAACCAUGUGGCUUUUAAAACAAACCAGACAUUUUUAGUGAAGGAGCCAUAAGACAGAGAAGCCUGGAAAGAUUAAAGCUGCAAGAACAGGAGCACAUUUGAAAAAGGAGGGGAAAAGAGAGGGGGUUGAAAGAAAAAGACGUGGUGAUGGAAAGAAGUUCAAGAGAGAAAAAGGAAAGCUAAGCGCGAGAGGAGAGAAGAGAGGCAGAUAGAUGGAGAUGAGGAACAUCCCCCAAAGCAGCAGAAGGCACCGGCUGAAGAACAGCACUGGCCAGAGAAUAUGCCUGAAUGGGAAGAAAGGAAAUCCCUGCUAGCUCAGAGAAGAGUGGAGUCUGUCAGACUGCUUACAGUGCUGUUAAAGCGUGUGAAAUUGGCAAGUCAAAAAGUGGAUCCCUCACUGGGUGUAAAGAAGGACAAUUCAUUUUCUGAAACAGCAUUUAAAGACAUUCAGCAGGAGCUGAUUAACUCCCUUUAUCGUACGCACAAAGAGCUGAAGCGUAAGGAGUUGAAGUGCCCGUUAACCCACAAAGGUAGUGCUUUAUGCUGUGAGGAAGGAGAUGUGAGGAACUUCCGUGCACCUGCUUGUCACAUAGUCAGGACAAUUUCAAACGAUCCCCCUGCAGCCCCGAGCUCUGACGGCGUGCCUGGCAGAGAUGUGAGCAGCUCCUCCCGCCGAGGCCGCGCGCCUUUGCUGAUCACGGUCACCCAGGACGGCAGGGUCAUCGAGCCUCUCCCUGGAAGGCACCGCCCUGCACGGCAUGCAGUUCACACGCAGACAGUGUCUGAGGAAGAUGACUGCAGAAAGCAAAAGGUUUAUGAGACUGAUGAAUUCAUCCAUUAUUUGCUGAACUACUAUCAGACACCACACUAUGCACGUGUUUGCUUAGAGCCAAAAACCACUGUGAACAAGUCCCGGUGGAAGCGAGUGGUGUCUGAUGAUGGUAGUGGGUUUGACACCAGCUUGAGUAGCAAACAUGGUCAGCACUUCAGAGAAUUGAGUCCUGUACAGAACCUCCACAAGAGAAAUUGUAUUAGUGAUAGUAAUUAUAGGCUGGUGAUCACUCUUGGGGAACUUGAGUCAACAGACAAAGUGUUAGAAAGCAAGGUCCAUGGGGGCAAGCUUGUAAAAAAGCUGCAGGUGCAGAGGAAUGACUCACUCACUGUUGAUAAUGUACCACAUGCUGGACUGAAUCAUUCUUUGGAGUGCACUACUGUUACUCAUAAUGAGCAAUUCAAGCAAGAAGAUGGUAGAGAUGAAGGCACUGUACCAUAUGGAACAUGUAGAUCUGCUUGCAGAUUAAAGGAUUUGUUGGAAGAGAUCAGUGAUUCUGAGUACUUUAGAGAGGCAUGUGGCGGCUCAGUGAAGAGAGCAGAAAGAAGGUAUGAAGAAAUUUACAGCAGUUGUAAUAAAGGGUGCUUGUCUGCAAGAGCUGGGGAAAGAGAAUUACUGGUUUACCCUAAAAAUGUAGCUCUGGAAGGCCAAGAGAAGGAAAUCAGCCAAUAUAACUCCUGUUCUAAUUCUGUCCAUGAGGGCUUGGCAAGGCAGUGUGAACGUAAACUUAAAAAGUCAUGCAAGAGGUCUAGUAGUAAAUUAAGAUAUGAAGGAAAGAAAAGUGAGAGACAAUCCAGGGAAAAGGAGAAAAAUGCUCAUAAAAUGAAGAAAAAGCGAAAAAAGCUUUCUUCUAAUCUUUUAUCUGAUGAAUGUGGCUUUUCAGAGACGGACAGUUGCAUGCAGCUGGAGUCGCUCAGAAAGAUACAGAGAAAAUGUAAGAAAAUGUUGCACAAAAAAGUGAAAUUCAAGACGCAUCACACCUCUGUGGCAGCACCAGAUGUUACCCCUGAUGGUGGCUCGUCCCUUCAGGAGACCCCCCAGAGGAGAGGAGAUGAGAGGAAAUUAAUGUUGAGAAGAGAGAUGGAUGCAGAUGUCAGAGGAUGCCCUCUAUUUCCUCUUGAGAUAAUUCAGACAAACCCCUUCUCAGAUAAUUUCUGUGGAGGAGAGCCCAGAAGAGGAUGCUGAACAGCUACUGUAUUAUAGCUCUGAAGUUUUUAUAAACAAGUGGGAGAACAAAGCCCUUUGAUCAUUAAAAGGUGUAUGAACUACUGGGUUGGUUUUUGAUUUUUUUUUCCCUUACAUAAUUCCUUUGGUUAGAAUAUCAAACUGGUGAAGUGAGCCACAGAAGCAGAAUUUGUGUUUGCCUUUUGGAUAACUUUUGGACCAAAACUUUCCCCAGAGCCAGGACAAACUUUCAUGGACUAGUGGCUAAAGAACUUGAAGGGACACAGACUGAGAUCUUGGAGCAUUACACUUUGAUUGAAUGCAGAGAAUCAUGUAAAUUACAAUAUUUACUAAUAAUGAGUCAUUGGGAAAAAAACCUAAUUGUCAAUCCUGGAACAAGCAUAUGAAUUGUCUCCUCUAUCAGAUUGGUGGGACUGGAAGGUGUGGGGGAUAUUUAUACUCAAUUUUGAGAAGUAAUAGAUUUCCAAAUGUGAAGGAAGUCCCAUCUUCUGUAAAACCCACACUAGAAGAACCUUGGUUUACUAUUCACUACUCUAGAGGUGUUUCUGAAAACUUGCUGGCUUUUGGGAGGAUUUCACUGAACUUAGGCUCAGUGUAGUGCUUCCAGGAGUCUGAAUGGUUGUCUAAGCAAACUCUGGGUGUUAGAUAAUGAGAGGGCAGUGCAUGUCAGCCUGCUGACAGUCCCCAUGUAAAUGCAGGCUUACAAUUCACAAGAAUUUGAAGGCACAUGUAGUGAGGUAGCUGUUUAGUAUGAGUUUGCCUACAAAUGCUUUCCAGAGGAAUUGUGAAAUGUUGUCAGAGUUGUGCUGCAUGUAGAUAAAAAUGGGAAAAUGCAGUCUAGGAGCUUGAUUUAUAUCCAUAUUUAUUCAUCUGACUAUAUCUAGAAGACAGCCACAAUUGCUUUUGGACAAAGUCCCUUAGCAAGGCACAGAGUUUGAAGUUCAAUACACUGAUUAUUACAGCUUUCAUUUUAUUAUGCUUUAUUUAUUACAUGCCAGUAGACGAAGUUAAUGUGAAAAUGUUGCCUUCAUUACAUAAGAUCUUACCCAUGUUUGUAACUUCUGCUCUAAUAAAUAGUAAUAAAAAAAGAUAAUUGUAAUUGUUUGUGGUAGAUAGGUAUUCCCCCCCAUCUUCAAUACUGGUGAUUCCUGCAGGCUUCUAAGCCAGGUUUUAUCAGUCUUUCUGUUCAUAUGUUCAGAUGUUGAGUGCCUUUUCAGGGUAAUGAAUGAUAAAUGGUUGCUACUCAAAGUACUGUUAAUCUAUUACUUUUAUCUAAAAAAAAUAUGUUAUUUUCUUGACAGAAAUAUUUUCUGACUAUUUUGGAGAACCUUUAUGCCCUCUUAAGUCUUCCCUUUAGUAUUUUAUACAGUUAUCCUGAUGAGGGACCAUUGUAUUUGUUGACUGUGUAAAAUGUUUUCAGUGGCACUGAUGGGACAUACCAAGGGUGUUUUUUUCUCUAUGGAAUAUUUGCAGAUUAAAGAUAACAAAACUUCCCCCCUGUAAAGCUAUACACAGUUUUGUGUCCAUGAGUACCCAUUUCCCACGAGACAGGCCUUUUGGUGACAGGUGAGGAAGUAUUUCUUUAGUUAAUCUGGAGCAGAAGGAACUAAAGAUUUCCUUCAGUGUAAACUUCCAGUGUUUUAUCAACAUGCUGUCACAAGAACAGUAACAAAUAAAUACUCCAUUUCUGUAAUUGCUUCAGGUGUUCACCUGUAUUGACUGAAAUUGAUAGAGGAUUUGCUUUGUCUCCCAAGUCCUCAUUCCCUGUAAAGCAUUGUUAGUUAAUAAAAUAUGCAUGCACUUUAAAA